CACUUUUUCUCACACACAUACAAACCCAAACUCUCUCCCCCUCUCUCCCUCUCCCUCUCUCUCUCUCUCUCCCUCUCUCUCUCUCUCUCUCUCCCCCUCUCUCCCUCUCUCUCUCUCUUUCUCUCUCCCUCUCCCUCCUAUGCCAUCCUUACAGGUGCUCUUCUGUCCCGAAUGCCAGACUGAGUUUGUUGCUAUUGCAGUCAUGUGGUCCACGCUCCUUGGGUUAUGUCUUCUGCUUGCUCCAUGUUUCCACUCUGUUCAGUGGUGCUAUCAGAGCCAGUACUCAUGCGAGGACCAGUGCAGAGAGCCCAGUCAGUGGGACAAAGACUUUCCAGUUUGUGGAGGCCAGAACCAGUCACCCAUUAACAUUGUGACACACAAGGCGAAGCAUGACCCCCGUCUAACCCCGAUCAUCUUCGAAGGUUACACACAAACUCUGAACAUCACUGUGCAGAACCUUGGAAAUACUGCUGUGUUUGCACUACCUCCAUCUUUGCUGAUCCGAGGUGGGGAUCUGCCUGCCACCUACAAGGCCAUCCAGCUGCAUCUACACUGGGGAGUGGAUGAUGGGCCAGGCUCAGAACACACUGUAGAUGGGGAACAGUAUCCCAUGGAACUCCAUAUUGUUCAUAUAAAAGAGCAGUACACAACCCUGAAGGAAGCCAUGAAUGAUAUAGAAGGGGUAGCAGGUCUUGCCUUCUUCUAUCAGGUGUCCACAGAAGAAAACCAGAAAUUCAAUCAAGUGAUUCAGGCUUUGGGAAGAAUUCCAUAUGAUGGGAACACCAGUAUUGUCCCAGAAUUCCGGAUGACUGAUAUCUUGCCUUCGUUGGAGAAGCUUUCCAGUUAUUACCGUUACUCAGGUUCACUGACCACGCCAGGCUGCAAUGAGGCCAUCCUCUGGACCAUCUUCCAGGAGUCUUUUACCAUCAGCCAACAACAGUUGGUGAACGUAACAAAGCAGAUGUGGUUCAAGAAGGGAAAGCCCAUGAUUGACAACUUCCGCCCAGUGCAGAAGCUAAAUGGGCGCAUAGUGUACAAAUCCAUGGCAUGUUCCUGUACAUCGUCAGAACCAGUAAUUCUGUGUCUGUUUCUCCUCUGUAUAUUUGGGCUCAUAGAGGGUAUAUUCACAUAAUGUAUUUGUAUUGUCUUUAUAAUUUCAGGAUAAAAACACACACAUUUUCAGAGAAUACAGUAAAUACUCUAGUACUCUUGAGCACAUUUUUAAAAAGAACCUGUUUAUUCAUUUGUUGGCAAUAUGCAAAACAAUGCUGUGCAAGACAACAGAAUAUUUUUGUACCCCACUAUGAUUAAAAACUUGUACCAAAAUUCCACAUUAAAGAAAGCCCAAAAUUCCCCCAAACCACCAGAAUUAUAGCUAGAAAUAAACAAAAUGUUCUGAUUUAAGAUGAAUGUAUAAAUAAAGGAGAUGCAAAGUCAUGUGUUAACAACAGUA